AGGAUUUCCGCUUCUACCGGAAGUCUUAUACUUGGCCUAACUGUAGCAAGAGAAAUGGCUGCUUCCAUUGUGUAUGGCUAAGCUAACUUACUGCUGGAAUCAAAUUGUUAAUUUAAAGGGUCGGAGAAUUAUUUGGCAACGUCGUAUUUGCGGUAAGCAAAGAUCUUAAGAUGUUAAUCGACUGAUUUAAGAGGCGCCACAGGAAGCGCAGUUUAACGCAUCAAUGCCUGAGCAAGGCCCGAGAAUGAACGGCUUCUCACUGGGCGAGCUCUGCUGGCUGUUCUGCUGCCCGCCCUGCCCGAGCCGCAUCGCCGCUAAGCUGGCCUUCCUGCCCCCGGAGCCUACGUACUCGGUGCACACGGAUACUGAGGGCGCGUGCAGCUUGCACCUGACCGAGCGCGCGGAUUGGCAGUACUCCCAGCGCGAGCUGGACGCCGUUGAGGUGUUUGGCACGCGCACGAGUCGCGGUAACCGCGUGUUGUGUAUGUUCGUCCGCUGCGCGCCCAGUAGCCGCUACACGCUGCUCUUUUCUCACGGCAACGCCGUGGACCUCGGACAGAUGUGCAGCUUCUACAUCGGCCUUGGCUCGCGCAUUAACUGCAACGUCUUCUCAUACGACUACUCCGGGUACGGACAGAGCACCGGGAAACCGUCCGAGAAGAACCUGUACGCGGAUAUCGAGGCGGCCUGGCAGGUGCUCAGGAACAAGUACGGUGUGACCCCAGAGAACAUCAUCCUGUAUGGCCAGAGUAUUGGCACGGUGCCGACAGUGGACCUCGCUGCACGGUACGAGUGUGCAGCGGUCAUCCUGCAUUCUCCGCUCAUGUCCGGCCUGCGCGUCGCCUUCCCUGACACACGCAAAACCUACUGCUUCGAUGCUUUCCCCAGUAUUGAUAAGGUGUCAAAGGUGGCUUCUCCAGUCCUUGUGAUUCAUGGCACAGAGGAUGAGGUGAUCGAUUUCUCACACGGCCUGGCGAUCUACGAGCGAUGCCCACGUGCUGUGGAGCCGCUGUGGGUCGAAGGCGCCGGGCACAACGACAUUGAGCUGUACGCCCAGUACCUGGAGAGACUCAAGCAGUUCAUCUCCUUUGAGCUGGCUACCUCCUGAAAGCACACUGCAGCAUACUGUACAACAUCACGGCACACACUGCGAUGAGCUCCUCUCAGCUCUUUACACACUGAGCCGAGGAUCAGCAUCAAGGAUUUGCACUUGCUGGCAGAAAUUCUGGACUCUUCGUUGUGUAUAUGGUGGUAUUAAAAGUAACGGGGCCUUUCCAUUUCUGCAGAGGAAAAGCCUUUUAUUGUGUUUUGGGGUUUUUUUUUCUUCACUUUUUUUAUUUUGAUUUUUGAUUCUUUUCUACUUGAUGAAGAAAAAUUUAAAGUGCACCACAUACUUUACAUAUUUUGUGUUUAAGUAACUGAUAUUUUGUGUUUAAAUACCCAACAGGGGUAAAGUAAAAGAAUGCACUUUUAUUGUGCUGUUAUGUUCAGGUGACCACUAUAUAUAUAUAUAAAAAUAUAUUUUUUUUAUUCUUUAUUUGUUUUAAUGAUUUAUAAGCAUUCCAUUGGUCCGUUGGAUUCACUUGGCUGGGAUAAGUGUUUUAUUUUUAUUUUUUUAUUAUUAUUAUUUUUUGUUGUUUGCUUAAGCAGAGCCAGUAUGUGUGUAGUGUUAUUUUUAAUACAUUUUUUAUUCCUUUCUCUCUCUCUCUUUUUUUUUCUUUUUUUUUUAAAAGUAAUUAAGUGAAGGAAUACUACCACUGAGGAUGCAUCAAUGUCACAUGACUGAUCAAACCAUUACAUUGUUUCUGGCUCUGGAGCAUGGUGCUGUGUGUUACUACAGUAAUCAGGGCAUUGCUUGUACAUACACACUACAUAAAUAAGGUGUUUAUAGUUAAAAUCUUUGUCUCUGUUUUGGUGCCAGUGCUACAGUAAGCCUUAUGCUCUCAGCCAUUUUUGCUGUUACUUUUUCUUGGGAGCGGGCUUUUUCUCAAGGUUAAUACUAGCUGCUACUCUUCCAAUGAGAAAAAUAAAAUCACUGUGAGACUGAACUGGCAAAACAAUAAGGGUGCAACAUGAAUCGUAUUGAGCCACACACAAAAAAAAUCUCAUCCAUCCCAAAAUUUUGCAGCUGCUUCCUCAAACCUGACAUUAUAUACUGACCGACCCCUGAACACAAAGAAUAGAUAACACUAAUGCUUCAAGUGCUUAUAUUUCAGUGCUAGCUUUGCAAAUGUUAAUGUAUUCAGGGGGUAGCACUAGACACUAGAAGAUAUUAAGAAUGGUUUAAUUAACAAGAAGGAACUUGGUUUGUUUCGAAGUAGCAAAUACCAUGUUGCAGCUUUUGAAGGUUUUUUAUUUUUAUUUUUUUGGGUCGGUGUUCUAUGUAUUGCUGUAAGUUAACGCUGCGUUGGCAGAGACAUGUGUGUACCAGGAUGUUCUUGCAUUCCUCCUCCAUGAGUCCUGAGAGAGGUUUGAACCUUCUCCUUUAUCCUCAGUGGACUUUGAUUGAGACUGCUUUUAAAGGACGACUGAACCACAGACCUAACUGAGCCCCGCUGUUGCUUUUGAUACCAAUGGUUUUUAAACAAUGUUUUUUCCACUACUUAUUAAUAUUAUCUUUACACCUUUUAAUGCUGGUUCGUAAGAUAAUUGUACUGUAUACAUCUCUCCUCUAGGUAGAUACAUAAAAACAAAAAACUGUAUUUAGUCUUUUUAAUGAUUUUGACACUGGAAUUGCUGUAUGCAAAUAUAAUGGCAAAAAAAUAGGUGGUACAAAAUGUGCUAGUGUAAUUUUUCUUGUUUUAUCAGAUCAAAUGAAAGCCUUAAAUGUGCUAUGAGAAGGAUUUAUUACUCACUUGAUGUUGGCUGUUGCCUCAGAGCAACGCACUGGAUGUUGUAUUGCUAUAUAAUGGAAUAAAGGAUGCAUGGAAUAUUGAA